GCUCCCUGCUCCCUAUCUGCGCUAUACAGCAGCAGAACACGGCAGCACAGGAGCAGCCCUCCCCUCUUCUCCUUCUCCUCCUCCUCCUCCUUCUAUGUGGUGGCUGAUGUAGUGAUCCUGCCAGGAAGUGGGCAGGGCAAGGCGCGGGUAUACAGGGUGCGCGGCCCUGUCGGAGUCUCUAUUGGGGGCGUGCCUGGCUGUCAACAUCACUAAUAGGAGCGUUCAAAGCACUUACGGGAGCGCUCCCCUUAUUGUGAAUAGAUGGCAUGUGCCCGGGGGUCUAUUUUAGCAGAUGGAGCCAGUAUGAGAAAUACUGCAGAGAGAUGUCCCCGUCCUCUUUAUUCCCAGGACCAUACAGAGGAGAAUCACAGUGUCCCACAGGAGGGUCAGGGCGACAAUAUGACUAAUAUUAAGGUAGAAGAUAUAAAAGAGGAAGAGGAGACGUUUGUGAUGAUAGAUCAGCAGUGUAAGGAGGAAGAAGAAGAGACGUAUGUAGCAGAUGAUCAGCAGUGUAAGGAGGAGGAAAUCCCUACAGGUAUCGGCACAGAUGGGGCCAAUAACAGGAAUACCCCAGAGAGAUGUCCCCGUCCUCUUUAUUCCCAGGUCCAUACAGAGGAGAAUCACAGUGUCCCACAGGAGGGUCAGGAUGAAGCCUUUAAUACUAAUAAAGUAGAAGAUAUAAAAGAGGAAGAGGAGACGUAUGUGGGGGGUGAUCAGCUGUGUAAGGAGGAGGAAAUCCCUACAGAUAUCAGCACAGCAGAUGGAUGCAGAAGCAGGAAUACCUCGGAGGGACGUCUCCUCUUAUCUUCAGAUUAUAAAAUAGAAGAUAACAUUGAACAAGAUUCUCCAGGACAAAAUCUUGUUAAAAUAAAUAUACAUCCAGUGUUGGACAGUGGAGAUACGUCAUCUGAUCCCUCUAAUCAUAAAGAUUGUUCUGCUGAUACGUUAGAUGAUGUUACACAUAGAACAAGCCCUACAGAUGGGGCCAGUAACAGGAAUAUUCCAGAGAGAUGUCCCCGUCCUCUUUAUCCCCAGGAUCAUACAGAGGGAAAUCACAGUGUACUACAGGAGGGUCAGGAUGAAGCCUUUAAUACUAUUAUUAAAGUAGAAGUUAUAAAAGAGGAAGAGGAGACAUAUGUGAAGGGUGAUCAGCUGUGUGGUGAGGAGGAAAUCCCUACAGAUAUCAGCACAGCAGAUGGAUGCAGAAGCAGGAAUACCUCGGAGGGACGUCUCCUUUUGUCUUCAGAUUAUAAAAUAGAAGAUAACAUCGUACAAGAUUCUCCUGGAGAAACCCCUAUUACACUAAACAUACAUCCAGUGUUGGACAGUGGAGAUAUGUCAUCUGAUCCCUCUAAUCAUAAAGAUUGUUCUGCUGAUACGUUAGAUGAUAUUAUACAUAGAACAAUCCCUACAGGUGCUAAAAUGUUCCCCUGUUCUGAAUGUGGGAAAUGUUUCUUACAUCGUUCAUUCUUUGUUAGACAUCAGAAAACUCACACAGGUGAGAAACCAUUUCCGUGUUCUGAGUGUGGGAAAUGUUUCAAACAUAAAUCACAGCUUAUUGUACAUCUUAGAGUUCACACAGGGGAGAAACCGUUCUCUUGUUCUGACUGUGGAAAAUGUUUUGCACAGAAGUCCGCUCUUGUUACACAUCAGGGAAAUCACACAGGUGAGAGGCCAUUUCCAUGCUCUGAGUGUGGGAAAUGUUUUAGACGUAAAUCACGUCUUGUUCUACAUCAGAGUACUCACACAGGUGAGAAGCCAUAUUCAUGCUCUGAGUGCGAGAAAUGUUUUAUAUAUAAAUCUGAGCUUGUUAAACAUCAAAGAUCUCAUACAGGUGAUAAACUAUUUUCAUGCUUUGAUUGUGGGAAAUAUUUUACUCAGAAAGUAGGUCUCGUAAGACACCAGAGAAGUCACACAGGUGAGAAGCCAUUUCCAUGUUCUGAUUGUGGGAAAUAUUUUACACGUAAAUCAGCUCUUGUCAAUCAUCAGAGAAUUCACACAGGUGAGAAGCCAUUUCCAUGUUCUGAGUGUGGGAAAUGUUUUACACAGAAGUCAGGUCUUGUUAUACAUCAGAGAAGUCACACUGGUGAGAAACCAUUUCCAUGCUCUGAGUGUGAGAAAUGUUUUACACACAAAUCAGUUCUUCUUGUACAUCAGAGAAGUCACACAGGUGAGAAGCCGUUUCCAUGCUCUGAGUGUGAGAAAUGUUUUACACAUAAGUCUGCUUUUGUCAGACAUAAGAGAACACACACAGGUGAGAAGCCAUAUUCAUGCUCUGAGUGUGGAAAAUGUUUUACACUAAAAACAACCCUUGUCAUACAUCAGAGAAUUCACACAGGAAAAAAACAAUUACCAUGAGGUGAUAGACAACAUAGUUUUGGAGCAAUAAUCUAAAUAUUAUAAAAGAUGGUAAUACUAUUACUGUAAAUGGUAAAUUGAUGUAAACAUAUAUUUACAAAUUGUAUUAACAUCACUGAUUUCUGGAGGGAAUCUUCACUCUCACAGUAUAUUAACGUUAUAAUUUAAUUACCAUGUACAGGCAUAGGUGGAAUGUUUCAUCGACAUAAGACUGGAACAUACAGCAGUUUCUUUCUAUUAGACGACAUUGGCCAUAACUCUGCAUAGUAAUAAGAUCACAUUGUUGUUAUACAUUGUCCUUAAUAAUAUAUAAUAAGCGAGAAAAUGUGUCUGUUUAUCCUUUAUGAAAGGUUUUGGACCUACCUCCACCAAAUUUGUCAUGGUGUGUAGUGUGACCAGGAUUUGAUUGUUUGCCUAGGUUUGAAUUUUGUCAGGGCCACACAUUGUCACACUCAUAUAUAAUAUACACACACAUUGUCACACUCUCAUACACACACGCUGUCACCCUUGCAUAAAUAAUAUACACACGCUAUCACACUCCUAUAUAAUAUACACAACCACACACAAUCACACUUAUACAUAAUAUACACACACUGUCACAUUCAUAUAUCAUAUACACACUCACACACAUAAACACACACUGUCACAAUCUCAUAUAUAAUAUAGUGUACACACACUCACAGUCUCAUAUAUAAUACAUACUCUGUCACAGUCUCAUAUAUAAUAUACUGUACACACACUGUCACAGUCUCAUAUAUAAUAUAGUGUACAGUACACACACUAAGUCUCAUAUAUAAUAUAAUAUAGUGUACACACACUGUCACAGUCUCAUAUAAUACACACACUGUCACAGUCUCAUAUGCAAUAUACUGUACACACAUUGUCCCAGUCUCAUAUAAUAUACACACACUGUCACAGUCUCUAUAAUACACACACUGUCAGUCUCAUAUAUAAUAUACUGUACACACACUGUCACAGUCUCUUAUAAUAUACACACACUGUCACAGUCUCAUAUAAUAUAGUGUACACACACUGUCAGUCUCAUAUAUAAUAUAGUGUACACACACUGUCACAGUCUCAUAUAUAAUACACACACUGUCACAGUCUCAUAUAUAAUAUACUGUACACACAUUGUCCCAGUCUCAUAUAAUAUACACACACUGUCACAGUUUCAUAUAUAAUACACACACUGCCACAGUCUCAUAUAUAAUAUAGUGUACACACACUGUCACAGUCUCAUAUAUAAUACACACACUGUCACAGUCUCAUAUAAAAUAUACACACACUGUCACAGUCUCAUAUAAAAUAUACACACACUGUCACAGUCUCAUAUAAUAUACACACACUGUCACAGUCUCAGGUAAUGUCAGGGAUAACUGCUAGAAUCUCACUGAUGGAUGAUGAGGUACAACCACAAAAGCUCUAGCUGCUGAUGUUCAUAAAUAAAUGAUGGCGUCAUCUGUGUGUAAGCAGAACAAUCCUGUGUCCCAAUUCCAACAGCCCUAUAGUGGUCCUAACUCUGCAGAACUGUAGUUAUCUCUUCCAGCGUGCUGUUAUAUCACUUUUCCAAUUGCCGCAUACAAUAAAUCCAGAGAUAGUAGUUUUUCACGUGA